AUGUGGGUUGUUUUUCUGGUCUUACUGCUCGCCAUUUCCAGGGGCUCUCUGUCUCAGGACAAACUUAAUAUGUGUAUGGAUGCCAAACACCACAAAGUAAAGCCUGGCCCAGAGGGAAAACUUUACCUUCAGUGUGUCCCGUGGGGUGAAAAUGCAUGUUGCACAGCAAAUACCUCUGUUGAAGCUCACGACGACAACUCCUAUCUAUACAACUUCAACUGGAACCAUUGUGGCGCAAUGAGUCCUAAGUGCAAGAAGCACUUCGUCCAAGACACUUGCUUCUAUGAAUGCUCACCACACCUGGGGCCCUGGAUACAAGCGGUAGAUCAGUCCUGGCGCAAAGAGCGAAUCUUGAAUGUACCUCUGUGCAUGGAGGACUGCCAUGACUGGUGGGAGGACUGCAAAAAUGAAAUGACAUGUAAGACUAACUGGCACAAAGGAUGGGACUGGAGUUCAGGUAUUAACAAUUGCCCAGAAGGCAGCAAGUGCAGAAAGUGGACUGAUAUGUACCCAACGCCCAAAUCCAUGUGUGAAGAAAUCUGGUCUAAAUCCUAUCUUUAUACUACACACUCCAAAACAUCAGGGCGGUGCAUGCAGCUCUGGUUCACUGGGCCAAACCCCAACACGAAGGUAGCUGAGUAUUACAUUAACAAUGCUCGGCAACACCGUAGUUUUUCAGUCGCGUCGCUGCUCUUCCUGGCUACAUCGUCUCUUUCUGCACUGACCUAA